CGACGUGGUGAGUUCUCGCUCAGCGGACGUGACACACACACGCGCGCGCGAGCAGGCAGACAGGUUGGUUUAUCGCUAUAGUGAGUGAGUCGGCAGGUAACGUCGAGGCUGGAGCCGUGUCGUCGUGCAAAUCUUUCGGCGAUAUCGACAGCUCAGAUCCCCGCCGUCAGCGCCACAGGACGACCGUCGGACGGCCGCGUGUCGUCGGCUAACGGGACAUUCGUCUGGCGUCCAACGCAGUGACGCUGUCACCACGGUGACGCCGCCGCUGCGACAACUGGGCGGUGAGAACUCGACACUCGCGUGUCGGCGUGGGAGUCGAGUGUGUCGGCGCGCGCGGCAAGUUUGUGUAUGUUUUUGAUGCGUCGCAACACAAGCCGACGUUCCGACGAUACGUGUAUCUACUGUGUGUGUGUGUGUGCGUGUGCGUGGGGGUUUCAUCACUGGCGGGAUGCCAUUGUGGAUAUCGUAGCAGCUCCGUGCCCGCGAGGGAUCGAAUCAACGCCGUCCUCUUCAGUUUCAACAUUCUGGUAGGGCUGCAGCAGUCAGCACAGGUCUCUAUCCUGUUGCUAGGGACUCCGUAUAUACGCCACGAAGGCGAGGACCUGGGGGAGCGAUACGCCCUCCUAGUGCUGCUACUGCGCGGUGAAGAAUGCCAACAACCGCGACAUCGCGAUUCUCGGCCGGUGCUGCCAUCUGACGCGUAACAACCCGAGAUAAAACCACCUACUCACCACUCACUCCGCAACGAUGGGCAACAACAACUCCUACUACCGCAAGAGCUACAUCGCUCAGGACUUCUCGCAGCCGCCCUACAUGCCGUCGCGCGCCAAGCUGCACCGCUCGACGUCCGAGUACCGCGGUCGCGCGUCGUCGACGCCGCCGCUGCAGCGCACGGGCCUACACGAACAGCGGCGCUACCUGGUGCCCGAGAACAAGGUGAUGCACGAGAACCCGGCGUUCGGCAUCGACCAACUCAAAAGCAGCGGGAAGCUUGAGGCGCUGCGCAGCGGCGGCACUCUGCGAGACUUCAAGCAGCGGCCGGCGUCGGCAGCGGCGACGGCGACGGUGGACGACGUCGACGAGUGCGUCGACGAGCUCAUACAGAAGCUGAAUCACCGUUCUCGUCUGCUCGUCAAGAGCGAGUGGGCGAUGAAAAGGAGCAACUCGGUCGGCGACCUCGUUGAGUCGACGACCAGCCGCAGUCUGUCGGACGGAGAACUCGAGGACAUGCUGUCAUCGCAGUGCAGCGCUCUCGAUGACUUCCACCUCGGCGAAAAACGCGGCGACGGCGGAGGAAUCGGACUCGGCGCCGGUAACGGACUACGCAAGUCGAGGAAGAAGUCGCGAGCGCCGCCGCCUCCGCCGGCGACGUCGUCGUCGCCGCCGCCCGGGAGACGGUUCUCCGACGACGCGAACAAUAACGAGCAGAAGAAGGCGAAGAAGAAGGGCAAGAAGUCUCCCGCACCGCCGCCGCCGCGGAUAGCAGCCGAUGACGCCGAGGUCACGCAGGGGUCGCUCGCUAAGUCGCAGAGCUUCCAGAGCAUGGUGUCGAUCCGGACUGCCGACAUCGAGGAGACGGAGAAGCUGAUGCACAUCCGCAAGCAGGAGCAGAUCGCUCACGGCAUCGAUAAGGAGAGGACGAACGAGGACAUCAUCCGCCGAUCGGCCGAAAUCGAAAGAGACCUGCUAAAGAGGAACAGGCGGAAGUCGGAUCCGCUGGGGAGACUGGAGAAGGUGACGUCGUCGCAGGAGCGCCGGCCGGCGCAGCGCAGCGACUCGAUCCUAGACGUGCUGGCAAAUCUGAAAAAUCGGAAGAACAAUCGCAGCAAGUCGGCCGACAACCGCCUGGAGGAGGACGACCCCACGAAGGGCUUCGUGUUGCGACGCUACACUGGUUCGCACGAGAGCUUGUCGUCGCCGCGCGUCGCCCCGCGGAACGGCGCGCAGAACGGCAGUGCCGACAGCCUCGAAAACGUAGACAACGUCGAUUUCUCCGACAUGCACAUGUCGGUGACGACGAAGCUUACCGAAAAGAUCCUGCAGCAUCUCAAGCGCGGCGACUACAAGAUCCGCGACGUCAAGUCCGGCGACAACGGCAUGAUGUUCACGAUCGCCGACUCCACGGGGAAGAUGCUGGCGGGCAGUUCGCACGCCGACGUCGCCGAUGCGGGGACGAACGACGAUUGCGCGUCGGCGUCGUACGACGACAGAAACACGGGCUUCACGCUGCAGCCGGUCAUGUCCGAGCACAGCUUCAACAGCGAACGCACGUCGGAGUGGGUGCGCCAGGCGGCGCAGUACGGCGACAACUCCUCGUGCAGGGACACCAAGGACGCCAUGCUCGACCUCUCGUCCGAGUCCGACUGGGACGAUCCGGUUUACGCGAGCCGAGACGACGUCGCGCACAGGAAGUCGAGUCCGGGCACCGAGUGCUCGGACAUGCUCACGGGCAGUGCGUCGUCGUUCGCGUGGAACGUCAAGCCGAACGGCUACAACAGUAAGCCGCGAUGCCUGCCCGCUGGUACAGCGCUGUCCGCGUACGUCGCUGCGUCGCUACCAAAGGACUGCGCAGCACCGAGCAGCAGCCGCAACCCGCACAUCCUCGAAUCGAAGAUCAAGCUGCACGUUCGGCCGACGCUGCCGAAGAAGGAGUGGGAGCCGGAUUACGCGUUCGAUCCCGAGCUGGCGUGGGAGCGAGUCAAGCCGGGCGUGUCAACGGAGAGCGACGAACAGCAGCAGCAGCGGGACGCGGGCGACGUGCGCGAGGACAGCAUCGAGAAGAAACUGGUGCCCGUGCUGCCGCGCAAGACGCAGAAGAUGCUCGACAUGCUACACGUGUCCGAAGACGACGGCUACAACUCGCAGCACAGCCCCGCCUCGUCCGACCAGCAGAACGCCGAGAGCGCCGGCAGGGGGCAGCACGGCGGCUGGACGCCCGAGAUGGAUCUCAACGGCGAGCUGGACGACGCGCCGACGGUGAAAGGGGAAUCGAAUUCCGCCGAUAGAGCGCAAGUGAAGCCCGUGCUGACACUGCAGAACAUGUUCAGCAGGUCGAUCACGAAGAGGGACGACUGCCCGCCUUCUCCCGACAGAACCUCGCCUGCUUCGAUGUCCCUACCAAUCUCUCCGAUGUCUACCACGUCUCCGUCGUCUUCCUCGAUCAACGACAACCUAUGUACCGGCGAAUAUCAGCAACGAUGCAGCCCUGAUGCCGAAUGCAACACCACCGCCGUCGCAAACAACAACAAUAACAACAGCAGUAACAACAACAACAGCGGCGGCGGAGGUGCGAACAGGAUGAACAAGAUAUACAGUUUCAAGAACAUACAGAAGUCCGUCAAGGACGCUCUCGGCAAUAAUCGCAAGACGAGGAAGAGCGAGGAGACGAUGGCGCUAGAGUACGAGCCGAGCUCAAACUGGAUCAUGCGUCAGACGUCGCCGUCCGACAUGGACAGCGACCGUGCCGACACGCAGGAACGCAUCCGCACCGCAGCGCCGACGACGGCGUCGGACAGCUUCCUCCGUCGCAUUCCGGAGAUAAACGCCGCCGGCUUGUCGCAGGACGCCCGGUCUCCCGCUGGCAAUAAGCCAAAAAAGUUCGGUCACGCCGGCGGUCACCAGAUCUACCUCCCGCCGUGCGAAGUCGCAAAGAUUAUGCCCGCAAGGAAGACGACAGUCGCGCAUUUAGAGAUUGCGUCCGGCAUCGCGGCGGAAGAAGAAAUCGCAGAACGAGAAAGACAGAGAGAAGAGGAGAAGAAAGAGCAGGAGCACGCGGAGAAGGAGCUCAGAAGUCAUCACGAUCAGGACAAGCUCAUUAUGGAGCGUCACCUCUUCAAAGUUCCCGAAUCCGGCGACGUCACCUCCCGUCCGUCCCUCGCCACGCAGACGCCGCCGCAGUCCUACGAAAACUCUGACGUCAUCGUGCAAAAACUCGCUAGCCGUCCUGCAAAAGACAAAUCGCCCCCGACGCGAAACGGCGUCGUCGCGGCGGCGUCGGCGAGUAGCGCACGCGCGGAGAAUUCACGGCCCGCCAAGGAUCUCCUGUACGAGAACUCUGGCAUGCAGCUGGCUGCGAUAUGCAUCAGCGACCUGAAGAACCAAACGCGGACGCAGCAGCAGCACAGCCCGUCGCCGCCGCCGCCCCUCCCCGUCAAGCAGAAGAGCUCGCGGGAGAGAGAGGGACUGAGCAGCCGCGUGCAGGCGCCACCUGACGGCGGCAAUGGCGCCGACGUCGACGUCGUUCUCGGCACGAGGGUUCAAACGCCCGAUCAGCGGGAGAAGAGCAUCGAAGCGUGGAUCCGGAAACAGCAGCUGUCCGUCGGCGUGUCGGAGUCAGACGGGCGACCCGCCGCCACGGCAGGCGCAGCCGUCACUCGGCCGAGCAAUGGGAGACCAACUACGAAAUCGGAGAACGCAAGCGAUGGCGACCGCCGCGACGUCAUAGUCGAUCGCAGCGCCGCCGCCGCCGCCGCCGUACCGCGAGAUCAGUUCUUCUUCGGAAUGGAAAGCGAGCAGAAGCGAAAAGCCGACGGUGGAUCGCUGGUGGAGGCACGCGUAGAUGUGCACCGCACCGCAUCGGGCAACAACGCUACCGAAUCGAAAGCAAGGCCGCUGUCCGAUUCGGCGCAGGCACAACGGGAGCCUCGCUCGCCGCAGAGAGGGCGGACAUCGAACGCCGCACGCUCGUACAGCCAGCACGACGAUCCUCCCUCCUCCGCCGCGCACGGUCGACCUCAGUACCGACAGAAUCAAAACGAGGACAGAGUCCGGAGACCGCCGUUCGAGCAGCGGCAGAGGAGAAGCGGUUACGAGGAUCAAAAGCCUGCGUCUGGUCGGGCUGGAUGCUCGGGCUUGGGUGGACAGCGUGUUCAACGUACGCAGCAUGUGAACGGUGUGCGUCACGAGGGCCACGCAUACGAACGAUUCUCCAAGAGAAGUCCCGAUGCAAGACAGUCGUCGCGGCCUGCAGCAGCCGAACGCACAGACUAUCAGCAUGACAACCAGAGGCCGGAUUACCGUUCGAAGCUGACGGAUUCCUACCCAGAGGCCGUCGAAGACGAAUGGGAAAUUGAGAAGAAAGGGUUCGACAGGAAUCAGCCUAAUCGCAGAGGAAACCGAAGGCGUAAUAAUUCCAAACCAGAGACGAUAGACUCGUGGGAUUACCCAGAGGUUGCUCACCAACAACAGCAACACUCGGAGCAGCAGCAGCAGCAGCAGCAGCAGCAGCAACACUUGCAGCAGCAGCAGCACCACAAGCAGCAGCAACAACAACAACAGCAGCCGCAACGCAAGCAGCAGCAACACUACAAGCAGCAACAACAGCUACAGCGCGGGCGUGGACAUUACCCGCCUAGACUGAGUUACACACCGGCUCAAUGUGGCAGGUCGGCAGGGAGGCAAGGGCAGAGCACGAGGCAGGAAGAAUUGGGAAGCCCGUUCUCUCAUAAGAACAACGCGAGAUCAUCAUCCUACCAACCGAGAGAAAACUCGCAUUCUAGCGAAAACAAGUAA